AGUGAAGCAUUAGAAAUGUUUCGUAACACAUGGCGGUUUGCGGAAUACCCCUUCCUUCCUAUCCAUUUUUGCAUCUGCCCUUCUGGUUCAUUUGUGUUUGGCCAUAUAGGGGGACUUCUGAUGUGUUUGUAAUGCAAGCGCUGGCAUCUUUAUUUGAGCUAUCACUUGAGGAGUAACUAAAGACAGAGACAGAGGAGUUCAAAAUAGGGACAUCCCUCUUAAUGUGGAAGUAAAAGAGCCAGUGGCUUGGAGAAAGAAAUGAAUCGAGGAUAAAGAUCUCACAUUACAAGUAGCUGGAUGCAGACUUGCUCCAUUUUCUGGCUUCUGAAAUGGGGUAGGAUUGAGCAAAAUUGAGCAAGAGAGGAAGGAAGGAUGAGGGAGUGAGAGAGAGAAGGAGAGACGGAAAGAGAAUGAGCUGGUAACGCAUCCCCCCUGGCCGUGUUCUUUUGGAGAUAAACACGCUAGUUACGGAGUGCACCACCUCACUGUGUUGACGUGAUUAUUCUGAGACGCAGCUUGCAACCAAGCUCAUCUGGCUGCACGCAGCUCUCCAAAGAUUUUUUCCCUUGUUUGCAAAUGGAGAAAAUUCCAAGUUUGCAUUUUAAUGUGAAGCCAUAUAAGUGGGAUUUGAUAGAGAAAAAGCUGUUGUUAUGUCGACUGGAAGGGCUUAGGCGGUGGACGUGGAUGCGCUGCAGCAGCGCAUGUGUGGGUUAAAGAAGACAAGUGGGCUCCAGCCUGCAAUUUUUCUUUGGAUGUAUCCUAAGAAGGUUUUCUUCUCUGGCCUUAAUUAUUUGUUACAAAGGUCGCUCUCGGAAAAACAGUGGAACGCCGGCAAAAGGAGGACAAUUGUUAGUGAGCGGCUAUCGGAUAUCACCAAACUCUGGUGGACGGAUGGAGAGAAGUUAACUCUCUUUGUUUGCAUGUAGUUCAACUUGUAAAUGAGCUGUCAGUGCCUUCUUACUCCAGUGCUAAGACAAUUUUCUAGCUGCAUCUUGGUUAUGGGGAUGCGGGCCAUCUUACUCUUCCCUAGAUGACACUGUUGCUAUAGUGAUUGAGAUGCUUAUGCUGUUGCUCUGCUAAGGCAUCAUCUUCUUCAUUGCUCGGGAGGAAUGGCAACUGAUUUGGCAUUCGACCUCACUUUUUACGAGAGGCGUCGGGAACACAGGUCACCUUCUUUGCCAGUGAUACGCAGUGACCUGACAGUAGAAGCAUGCCUUAUGCGAAAGUACUCACGGGGUUCGCUGGAGAGCACCCGGCGUAUGCUGCAGAUGGCAGAAGAGAGCAAGGAAGCGGGUAUCAAGACAUUGGUUCUCCUGGAUGAACAAGGAGAGCAACUUGAUCGGAUUGAAGAGGGUAUGGACCAGAUCAAUACAGACAUGAGAGAAGCUGAGAAGAAUCUCACUGGAUUAGAGAAAUGCUGUGGAAUCUGCGUCUGUCCCUGGAAAAAAUUGGGUAACUUUGAGAAGGGUGAUGACUACAAGAAAACAUGGAAAGGAAAUGACGAUGGCAAGGUCAACUCUCACCAGCCAAUGAGAGUGGAGGAUGAUCGUGACGGUAUGGCAGGCAACCAAACCAUGAUUACAAGAAUAACAAACGAUGCUCGCGAGGAUGAGAUGGACGAGAACUUGACCCAGGUAAGCGGCAUUGUGGGUAAUCUACGUCACAUGGCCAUCGACAUGCAGAGUGAGAUCGGAGCCCAGAAUCAACAGGUGGAACGCAUCACCAGUAAGGGUGACUCUAACGUGGAGCGCUUGGCUGUAGCUAACAGCCGUGCUAGCAAGCUUCUGAAAUAAACCCUUACAUGGAUUGCUAUGCGUGGGGAUGGAGUUGCACACCACACCCAGUGGAAUCAUCCAAGAUUAAUAAAAGAUUAACCAUCAAAAGCAGUUCAUACAUUUUUAUUUGAUUUUAGUUAUCCAUCAGGAAUACUACAACUGCAAUGAAAAUAGUUUGGAGUACUUUUUUUCUCUCUUGAGAAUGACAACACUUAAUUCUAAAUUUUCUGUAUGUUGUUUAUCAUGAAAGCAAUUUACCGUACUUGAUUAUUUCAUGAAAGCAAAGUAGUAUUUUGCUGGUAUCGUAUAUUUUCUCAAGCACAUCAGUCUGAAUUUCCCCAUUUUUGCCUUCAUGCAUAUGAAUGGCUCUUUGAUAUAAACCUGACACAAUACAAACAUUUUUAGUUUAAUAGGCACAAAACACAUCAUGCUUGGGAUCCAUCUAUUGAAUUGUAUAGAUCCUAAAUGUUUUCAACCGGAACUAUAUCAGCUAUUAAUUUUUAAAUCCUCCCAUUCAAACUUAAAACUCCAACCAAAUAUCAUUGUGAAUAAAGUUAACAUUUUUCCCCUGCAAUAUUUACCGUGUCAUUUUUUUUAUUGUCAAUGAAUGAAAGAGACUUCAGUUCGAGAAGCAAGAACACAAAUCAAUUCAAAUUAUGUCGAGCAGCCUUGUAGAAUAUAUAGGCUUAGUAAGAUUCAGAAAUGAUGUAAAAUUGCAAAAUAACUGUUUUUACAUAUUUUUCAAAAGAAACCAUACAAUUUCAGUAUUCUAUAUUAAUAGGGAAUGUACUAGCAAUCACCAUUUUGGGUAUUAUUUUGUCGCAGAAGAUCAUACGCAAAUUUAAAGGUUAAUAAUCCAUCCUAUAUAUAUCUCUUCUGGGCCCUGUUGCAUAAAAGUUACUAUUAUGGUAACUACCAUGGUAACGAUGAUCAUCAGCCAAUCAAAUCCAAGGAUGCAUAAAAAUGCUAACUUUUAUGCAACACUGGCCCUGGUCCCCUUCCUGAAGUCAUAAAUUAGUCAACCACAGCUUGUUAUAAAAUGGGUGUUACCUUUUGAGAGUCAUUUGGAUGAAGCCAUGCCUAGAAGACAUCUCUCGAUAUUAUUUUAAGCUCACAGAACAAACUUCCCUGCAAUAAACCUUUAUAAAUUAUCAUUCCAUAUUACUAUUUCUCAAGUAUCUGUGUGAUUCCCCCAUUCAUGUACCCGUCUUUGGAUAGUGGUUUGAUAAUUGUUUUAUCUCACAUAGUUUAGUGCGACCCCUUUGCUUCUCAUAUAAUCUCAUAUUUAAUUGUAUUCUAUACCUAUUUUAUAUAUCAUUUUACAGGACAUGUCCUUACUUAAUCCCAGUGUUCAUUUAAUAAUUGUUCUCCAGUUCUCUGUAAUCUGGCAAAAUGUAAAUCUGUCCUUUUGAAAAACUCUAUGCAAUUUUCUGAAUGUUGAAUGGAUGUUUGAACAUAAAGUGAUGGUAAUACUGAAAUUGCUCCCCCCAUUUUGUCUUUUGAUGGCAUCUAAAAUUGUUGCAGAUGUAGUACGGUUUUGGAAAGGAUUUCUUAGUUGUUUAAUCAUGGUACAGUUGUGUAAAGUUUGUGACCUUAUUCUCAAAAUUGGCAAAAAAGUUUUGUAUUGUUAUUGAUUAUAUUGUAACUGGGUUAAAGUGCUUAUCCAUUUAUGAAAAAAAAAUUGCCACAAAAUUUUCCUUACAAGUCUUUUUGAAAGACAAUUGAAUAUUGAAUUUUAGAAGUUAUAAUUUUUUGAUAGAAUUAUCCUUUUGUAUAUUUUAUCAGACAGCAGUCUUUUAUUUAUUGCAUCAUUGCGUGGAAAAUUCAAUCAAUUUCUGAAUAUAAUUACCAGAUAUUGUUGGUUUUUAUAUGAUCCAUCAUUCCUCCCACCAAUUGUUCUUGAAAACAUCAUGCAACAUUUUAUAUUAAAAGAAAAAGAAACAGUUUGGCCCUUGUUACAAGCAUUUUACAAUUGGAAAUAGAGCGCCUGAAAAAAUGUAGCAGUUUGAUAGAGCAUUAUGAAAAUUUUCACACACAAAAUUUGUCAUGAAUUUGUUCAUUGUGUCCUAGGGUAUGGCCACAUGAAUACCUGAUAAUUAGCAAAAGUGAUGAAGUGAAGUAAUUACUCCUGGUUCAUUGCUGUUUAGAACCAGGCCAAUUUAUAAUCAUUCCAUUAAGACCAAGUAGGUAUUCAUGUGGACACAUAAUGUGUUAUCAUUAGACAAUUCCCUGAAAACUUGGGCUGUGGAUGAUUUUAAUGGGAUAUGGUGUCCAUAAUGCCAAAAUUCCCCCAAAAACGAAAUUUGAUGGAAUCACUUCAGGAUCUAUUACUUGCAUGGUCCUAAUGAAUGCCUAACUUGGUCUAUGUACAUAUUAAAGUGUAAUAUAUUUAUAGGCCUAUAUGUAUAACAUUCCACAUCAGAUUCAUAUAGACCAAUAUUUAAACUCCUAAACCUUUCCAUGGCAAAACCUUGCUAUACCCUCCCACUCACUUACACAUCUAACUUGAUAUGAUUCAUCCUUCCUACUAGCAUUUUGUCCGACACCUACUCCAUGCAUCAGACCCACCAUAUUAUUUUUGUCAUAGCUGUUAGAGCCAUCCACAUUCUUUUAUUAUUCAUACCAAUUUUUAUGAACCUAAUUCAGACUUUACCAAUCCUUUCUCUCCAUAUAUCAAAUUUCUCACCUCCCAUGCAUUGCCCCAAGCUAAAAGACAUACCCAAUCACCUCAUCGUUUCAUCUUCUUCAAGGGUCUAUAUAUCGUCCUCAUUUCCUUCCUGUUUUCCUCCUUCAAAACAAAGAUCCUCAUCAAGUUAUCCCCCAUCCUUUGCCUAUUUUAAGAAUGGCUCUGCAUAAUAUUUAGCAAAUUCAAUAAUAUUGGCCUGGAUUUGGUUCAAACGAUUUAACCCAACCGGGGAUAGAAGAAAAAAAAUAGAGUGAAUAUCUGCCCACGCAUUGAAGGAGGAAAGCAUACAAACAAACUUUGAUACAGGGUCAUAUGAAAUGGGGGAUUUGUGAAUACAAGCAGGGAACUGCUGUCAAGUUUUUCCUCAUGAGAAAUGUCCUAUUUUGGGAAAACAAGUUAUCUAUUUGACGGAAGUGAUUUGGUGAGAAGCUAUAUAAUGUAGGUGAAAACAUUGGAAUGCUUACUUCUUAAAAAAAAGGACAAAUUUACAUUCUGUUAUUGGCUUGAAAGCAAUAUCAGUUUUGGUUGACAUUUUCCUCAGAGAAGUUACUUUACAAAGAUUAUUAUUAAGUUCGUGAUAGAGAAUAUCAUUAUCCUCCAAAAGCUUUAACAGUCUUUUAUAUUAUCUGAAAGGAAAUGAGAUAAAGUUUAUCAUUGAAUGAACCUUCUCGGGACUCAGAGAGUUGCUCUUAGUAUAUUGAUUGGACAUGCUUCCUAUUUUCCCCCUUUCGGGUUGUGUUUUUAGGAGUACCAUAAAGUGAAUGAUUAUUGGUUAACGUAGGAUAGCAUUAUUAGCAUACAUGAGUGUGAAAAUAACUCUUGUGCACAAGACCAGUUUUAAGUACACUGCCAUGAAUAGGAAGGAACAAACUAUAGCUAGAAACGCUUUUCCUCAAACUUGCCAUGAUUGUGUAUGUAUGUUCCAUCGUGCUUGCCACGCUUCGUGUGUAUCGUCAUCCUCCACCUGACAGAUGGCCACUCAGUCUCAUGCGACCAUAGGGCCAAUUAUUGGUAAACACCGCCCUCUCUCUCCCCCUCUCCCUCUCCAUGUGUAUCGUCACCACACCGCAAGCACCAUGCCUGAUAUAUAUUUUUAUCCUUUGCCAAAGAAGCGCUUGUACUCAAGCACUGACAUUAUGGCCUAUGAUGAAAGCUAAAAGGGCAUCGACUCAUAUUACAGUGCUAAUUGUUAGCUUUCCUUCAAGGAGGUGCUAACAGUCUGGCAUCUUGUUCUUGAAAUGUUGGCUAUACCACUCUUUUCGGUUUUUUAGAAGUCAUUUUUUUUUGGGAAGUUGUCACAAGGGAGUCAACUCCAUGGAGUCAAUUCUUUGUUGAUGUCACCACAAAAUCUAUGCAAUGCAAGUUAAGAUUUGGGUUUGUUCAAGGCUUUGCUUCCUUUAUUAUCUGGAGUCAUGCUGGCCCUGGUCAGACCUGAAUUUACUCUUUGCCUGACCAAAACACUUUCACAUCCACAUUUUGGCUGGCCAAGAAAGUCUUGAUGAAAAAAUGAUUUCAGUGAAUUCUCCCCUGAUAUUAACUUCUUUCAUAUCGAGAUAGGGAAUGAAAUUCUAUGAACAGUCACAUUCUACCCCCAAAUCCCCAUUCCACUGCUGUUGAUGGCAAGAUGUAAAAUAUUUGCCAUCUUCUUUCCUUUCU